UUUGCCGUGGCGAUAAUAACGCAGACCCCAACUGAUUGGUAAUCAAGAAAAAAAAGGGAAAGAAAAAAUCAGUGAAAAUACUCGGUGGCCAGCGAAACGCUCUUUAGUCGAGCAAAGAACGCGUUUCGAGAUGGACACGGAUGAGACAAAGGCGGGCACCUCGGGCCCAAAGACGUACCACGAUGAGGUCGACUUCACCAGUGGCUAUGAGACCCAGUACCGUAAGGAGUACAGCCCAUUGAAACCGAUCUACGUACCGCCGCCGGAUAAAAAACACGCUUGGUUUCGCAACUGGUCUACCAUAUUGAUGAUUUCUUUUCUGACCGGAGUCUUUAUUUUGGGAACUGUGAUGCUGGUGGUCCAAGUAUUCACUGCCAGUCCCUUGCAGAUCUUCAUGAUCGUGGCUAUAUAUGUGGCUAUAGCUGCUGUCAUGAUUUGGCUGGAGGUUCAGUCCAUAAAAGUGCGGUGAAAUAAUAAGUUUAGUGACUAAUUCACUACGUUAUCACAUAAAAAUGCCGUUCUAUUUUUCGACGGUGGCAAUCGAGCUGUGUUGUGCAAACAAAUUGAAAGCUUAACUAAAAAGGAAACGACUUUACCGAUUAGGCGCUAAGAACCAAAUACCCAAGAUUUAAUAUAAGUUCAAAGUAAAAUAAAAAAUGAAACCUUAAA